AUGGUGGAACAGAAAAUUGCCGGCCCGUCUCGCGACAACAAAGGGCGCUUUCGCAGGUGCCUAUCCAUGCAUGAAGCAGGUCGAAGAAAAAACUUAGGCAAAAUUUGGGAACAUAAAUCACCAGACCGUGAAGAGGUGUGUUUUGAGAAUAUGACCAAAAUAAGCGGUAGGCGUGUCGUCGAACUUGACUUACUCGCUGAAGCGUUGGAUCGUGGAUGCAACACUUGUACUAAUCCACUUCAAUUAUCCCGCAUCACAGACGAAACAGUCUCUGGAUUGGGUUCUUUCCUGUACAUAAUGUGCUCUAAUCCAGAUUGCGGAGAACUAAACAUCUGUCAAACAAGUAAAACCCACAUGGUGCCUGGCAGGAUGCGUGGACGUCCAAUCUUCGACGUAAACACAAAGCUCGCCGCAGGUUUGUUAUGAGACUUUGUAACUUAUCACACUUACAUUUGUACAGAUUUGUACCAACUUUUUUCUCGAUUAUUUACUCUUUAUUUACAUUCACAGGAAUGCUACAUGCAGGAAUGGGAGCAACACAUGUAAAUGCUCUAUUAUCCUCUUUAAACAUCCCUCCUGUUCAUGGGGACACAUUAAAAGCCAGAGAACAAGAAAUUGGUCCGGCCAUCGAGGACAUUGCUAACACAUCCUGUGAACGUAUGUUAGAGGAGGAAAAGAAACAGUGGGGAAGUACCGAACGUGUAAAUGAAACAGUGCCUAUUGGAGCGUCCUAUGAUAUGCGGUGGCAGAAAAGAGGGAAGGGUCAUAAUAGUUUAACAGGUACUUGAAAUAAGGUGCUAAGAAUAAGAAUAUUGAAUAACUUUCCCACAAAAUAACUAUGUUGUAAACAGUAACCUAACAACUCAUGUAAAUAAUUUGGGGAUGGGGUGGCAGAAAGAGUUUAUUUAUUGAAGGGUGCCCUGAAGUUGUCACAAACUAGUUUUAAAGAUUUUUCCUUUCAGUAAGAUGGCUUAUUUGUCUGCUGUUAUCACGGUUGAAGUACUAAAUCUUACCAAGACAUCUGUCUAAAAUUCUCAGGGAACUACAUCCAUGACCCAAUCUUUCAUGUGGCAUACUUUUAGUUUUACUGCAGGGGGUAUUGGGCAACUCGCUCAAAAUACCUUAACAGGUAUGUGCUACUCAUUAGGCUAAUUGAAUGUGUUAGGAAUACAUGUAUUAAUCUGAAAAGAACAGGAUUUCAAAUAACUUGUGAAUUGCCUCAAAGGGCAUCAUUUUGCAUGUAAAAUCCUUCUAAAGUAAGUCCAACACUUUAGGUCUGAGCAGCACAUACCCAUCCAAAAUCUACAUGAGGUCCACCCCCUUGAUUACACCACUCAGGUUUUUUUUUUCUUUGGUUUACUUUUUAUAUUGUCAGGAGUUGGUUCUCUGAUUGGUGUAAAAACAGGCAAGGUGAUUGGAUUUGGAACAAGGACUAAGAGGUGUGCAACAUGCGAAGCAGCGAGUAGAGCUGGAAAGAGGGCUCGCACGCACGACUGCAGAUGUAACUGGGAUGGCUCAUCAAAGAGCAUGGAAGCAGAUGUAUGUGCCCAGCUUGUGAAAUCAUGUGAGGAAAACGGUGAAGCCCAGAUGGCAAUCCUUGUGGGGGAUGAUGAUUCUUCAACUAUAAAGAAAGUGAGAGACACCCUUGACCAUGACGUUGAAAAAUGGUCUGACAUUGUCCAUGCAAAGAGAGCUUUUGCAUCUUCUCUUUAUGGUUUACAGAAAUCACACAAAAAGUUAACUGCUAAAGUGAUUGACUAUUUGCAGAAGUGCUUCAGCUAUGCUGUUACACAAAACAAAAAUGACCCCACUGGAGUAAAAAAUGGCCUCCGAGCGAUAGUUCCACAUGCCUUUGGUGAUCAUGGCACUUGUUCCAUCUCUUGGUGCAAGUACCUAAAAGAUCCCGUCACCUAUCGUCACAGCACUCUACCCCAUGGCAAAGAUCUAGAGGGGGAAGACUUGAAAAAAGACCUGCAAGAAACCAUCGAAAUUUACUGUGACAAUGCAGAAAAGUUGGCUCCACUUGGAUCUAGUCAAGCCAAUGAAGCACUAAAUAAUACCAUAGGCAGCAAAGCCCCCAAAAUCAGGCAUUACGGCUCAAGUGAGAGCAAUGACUAUCGUGUGGCAUGCGCAGUGAGCCAAAAGAAUAUUGGCCAUUCAUAUGUGAGUGAGGUAUGUAAUGUGGACAAGUACAGUUUUACUCCUUGUUACAUACCAAUACACAUUUUGUGUGGCAUUAGAAAUAACAUCACCUAG